AUGUGUCGCGCACCCGGCUAUCUGAUCUACCGCAGGCCCCACCCCGUGGCGCCCCAGCCCAUCCGCCCAACGCCGGUGCGGCCUGCUGCUGCCGAAGAAACCUUCCCCCUCCCCAUCAAGGCGGUGAGCGUGGAGGCCAAGGUGACGGACUUUUGCUCGUCGGUCACUGUGCGUCAAACCUUCGUCAACGCCGAGUCCACCCCCAUCGAAGCGAUCUACCAGUUCGAGCUCGAGGAAAAGGCCACGGUGAGCGAGUUCGUGGCACUCAUCGACGGCAACAAGAUCAAGGGCACCAUCCAGGAGAAGGAAGACGCCAAGAACACCUACGACGAUGCGAUCGCGAGCGGCCACGGGGCCUACCUCAUGGAAGAAAAGGAAGACGAGCCCAACAUCUUCACCGUCAACGUGGGCAACCUGCCGCCCGGCAAGAGCGUCGACAUCGCCAUCACCUACGUGACCGAGCUCGAGUUCGACGAGGGCCAGCAGCUCAAGUUCCGCCUGCCCUCCAACAACGACAACCCGUCCUACAAGGCCGCCGCCGCGUCGUCCAACUCGGCACCCAAUCUCAAGCUGCGCGUCGACUUUGACAUGACGAGCAACAUCAGGAGCCUGUCGUCGCCGUCGCACCCGAUCACGUUCGAGUUCGGCGAGGAGCCCAACCAGGCCACGGUCACGCUGAGCAGCGACAGUGCGCAGGCGCAGGUCGCCAAGGACCUCAUCGUGCUCACCAAGCUCGCCAAGCCCCACCAGGCGUGCGGGCGGGUGGAGGUGGACGAGAAGGGGACGAGCAAGACGGUCAUGGUGUCGCUGUUCCCGCAGCUGGAGCUGGCCGACGACGAGGACAUCUACACGGAGAUGAUCUUCAUCGUCGACCGGUCGGGCAGCAUGUCGGGCAGCCGCAUGAACCAGGUCAAGGACACGCUGCAGAUCUUCUUGCGCAGCCUGGGCGAGGGCACCAUGUUCAACAUCAUCGGGUUCGGCACCAGCACGCAGCACCUGUUCCGCGAGGGCAGCGUCGAGUACAACGACAAAAAUCUGGAGAUAGCGACGAAGCAUGUGAAGGAGAUGAGCGCGAACCUGGGCGGCACCAACAUCCUGCGGCCGUUGCAGGAGGUGUUGCGGGCACAGACCAAGGAGGGCUACCCGCGGCAGCUGUUCAUCCUGACCGACGGCGAGGUGGGCAACACGCAGGAGUGCGUGGACUUUGUGCGCAAGCACGCCGAGACGACGCGCGUGUUCACCUUUGGCGUGGGCAACGAGGCCUCGCAGGACCUUGUCAAGGGCCUCGCCAAGGCUGGCGAAGGGUUCUUCGAGUUCGUGCGGUCGGGCGAGGCCAUGGAGGAGAAGGUCAUGCGGCAGCUGCAUCGGGCCAUGCAGCCGGCCCUCACCGACAUCACGGUCACGUGGAAGGGCGCUGCGGCGAGGCACGUGCAGCCGGCGCCCUUCAGGCUGCCGCCACUGUUCUGCGGUGGUCGCCUCGUGGUCUACGGCAUCAUCGAAUCUGCCGCCGCCGCCGAUGAAGCGGGAGGCGAGGUGGAGGUGGUGAUCGGGGCCAAGACGGCAGUGAAGCCGUUCGAGGCGGUGGUGAAGGUGGAUCUGAGCAAGGCGAGCAAAGGCACUCUGCUCAACAAGCUCGCCGCGAGGACUCUUCUCAAGGAUCUGGAGGAGGGUCGGAGCUAUGUGCACGACAGGGAAGGUGUGGUGAAGGCGGGCAAGGACGUGGUGGCGGAGAUGGUGCGGGUGUCGCUGGCGAGCGGGGUGCUGUCGAAGCACACGGCGUUCGUGGCGGUGGAGGAGCGGGACGAGGCCACGGAGGGCACCAUGAAGGUGCGCAAGAUCCCCAUCACCUUCGAGAAGCUCGUCCCGGCCCGGUCGCAGCCCGGCGGAAUUGGAGCACGCGGCGGAAAAGGAGCACUCGGCGGCGGUAUAGCGCGUGGCCGAGGCGGCUACGUGCCCGUGGCGGCGCGCGCUGGCCCCGCGGCUCCUAGCGCAAGACGCCUCUCGUCCACCACCACCAGCAACGCCGCCAACCUUCAGGAGUCGUGCCAGAAGAGGAAGAAGAGCAACAGCGCGUCCGUGAUGAAGGAGAAGGACGGAGGAGCCCGAGCCCGAAGCGAAAAGGCCAGCCCGGUGGUUCAUGCGCCGCCGCCCGCCUCGUUCCAGGGAAAGACCUUCGCCAUGGCCGCGCCGUGCGCGCCCAGCCCUAGCGCCUACUCGCAGCCGCAGCCGCAGCAGCAGCAGCAGCUGGCACCGCCGGCUUUGGCUUCGUCGUCUUGCUCUUCGUUUUCGUCUUCGCUUUCGUUCUUGUCGGCGCCGCAGUCGGAAGCCUACGCCGUCAGCGAAUGCGAAGAGGAGGAGGAGGAGAAGGCGGGACCGCCGCCGGCGCAGAUGCGGGACAUCAUCAUGAAGCAGAAGGCCAGCGGCAGCUGGGACUGGAGCGACGCCGCCGGCCUCGUGGGUCUCACCGCCGACAAGCUCCGCAGCGGCAUCCCCUCGGCCAAGCUCCUCACCGUGGACAAGGAGGCGGAGGCGCUGUGGGCGACGGCCGUGGUGGCGGCCUUCCUGCAGAAGAGGUUCCCCGGUCAGAAGACCAACUGGGACCUGGUGGUGAAGAAGGCUCUCAAGUUCAUCGCGCGUCAGAAGAAGAACGUCAAGCUCGCCUCUGAAAGCGAGGAGAUCGACUGGGUGCAGCUCGCCACCGCCUUCCUCCCCUGA